AGAUAAACUGCGAUAGAUGAAAAGUCAUCCCUCCAGUAGCUCGGUGGCGUUCAAUCGGUGCGGAACAAUUUUUCCCGGUGGUGGUGGUUUGUGGUCUUGGGCAUAGGUCCAACGCACGAGUACAACACCGGUCGUCGUCCGCGUUGGCGGAGGAGCUCGCGUGACCGGAAACAAGAAAUAAUUAAAUAAUUCCCUCGCGAAUCGCAAUCGGACACAUGGUGCGGAGCUUACUGCAAGACAUGGAUUUACGAUCCGGGGAGUGAGAGGGAAGCCGGGGGGAAGCUGUGACCCAGCUGUGGCAGGGAACGCAAAGCAAAGCAAAAAUAUUUUCAUUUCUGAGUGAGUGCCCCUCAAGGGGGUUCGUUCGGGAGGGGGUGGCAAGUUAUCACGCGAACGUGAAUGUGAUCAGCAGUGGCAACCGCAUCUCCACAAGGAUUAGCAUCUGGCAGGCUUUGGGGGCGUGCGAAACGUUCGUCGUUUGGAUGGUUGGUUGGUUCGUUUGUGCGAUGGUCCCUUGAGUGGAAAGAGUGAUGAUGAUGAUGAUGCUGAUGGGCACAUUUCACAAGCAAUGCGAAUCUACUGUAAACUGCAAGUGACAGCCGGAGGGCUCCCAAGGAGGAUAAAGCGUGGUGUGCGUGAACUCCGGAAGUACUGUUUGAGCUGUAACUUGAGAUACAUCUGAUGGAUUGGAGUUUUGGAAAUGCAAACUUUUACAAUAUUUGUCAGCAAGUUUUUGAAUUUAAAGUGGUGAUAUUUCAUUACAAGUAGUGAAGAAGACAAGGAAGCUGUACACACCUUCGGAUACUUUGGAUAUAUUUUCGGACCUAACUCAAACAGGAUCCAGGAAGCUCAUUGUUAGAAAAAAAAACCAACGUUAUAGAACGAAUUAAACAACGAUAAAAAUAGCCCAGAUAAAAUUAAUAUGCAGUGCGCGCAGGGUCGGAAAUAUUGAAUUGUGAAAUCUGUUCAGAAGCGUGACGCCGAAAAACACCUCCGGGAGUGUUCAGUAUUUGAUCUUUCGGUUCCGCACAUCCGGCACCCGGAACCCGGAACGGACGGACCACCGCACCGGUGCGGUGUGAUUGAUUAGUGUGGCAGUUAUUUUCGUUCGGGAAAUUGUACCGUCGACACCAUCGUCGCCGUGUCGAUUGAAGCAAGACGCAGCGUACCGAUUGGCUGACUGGAUUAAUACUGUGGUGGUGCAAAAUUCAAUAGCAAUUCCGUGUACACGCGAUGAGAAGAAAAUGUGCGAAAUACAGCCAAUCCUAUUAGUAUGCAGUGGCAGUGGGGGAGAUUUCCCAUGAAAAAGAACCCGCCGUUCAGACCCGAAUAGGAGGUACACAGGAUUAAAGGUGUGUGCAUUCGACGAAAUCGAGCAUCGGAAAGCCGCGAAUGUGACGUGUGUGAGCUCAUCGGAGCAUUAAGGAUUUAUUGCCGCAAAAGGAUUCGAACCGAACGCCACGCGCAAAGAUCGGCAUUAGGCGAUGGAGUAUAGUAGAAAUGUUGUAAACAUGCGAGUGAUGCUGUUUUGUGCUAUUUAUUUCAACUCAGGAAUAUCAAGUUCCAUGCGGUCGGCCGGUGAAACCAGUCAGUACCAUCACCACUCUUCAUCAGCCUCCGCCACCUCUUCUUCGGAGGAAGACCAACUACUGCACCCGGCAGCACAGCCUCUCCUCACGGACCCCCAGGCCGUUGCAGGAUCAUUGCAGGACACCGCAGAGAACGAAAUUUACGACUCGGAUGAGAGCAAUCUGCUGCGGACACCGCUGGACCGGGGGCCGUACUUUGAUUUAUCGGCCUCGAAAAACAUCACGGCCCUGGUCGGCAAAACGGCCUAUCUGAACUGUCGGGUGAAAAACCUGGGCAACAAAACGGUUUCCUGGGUACGACAUCGAGACAUUCAUCUUCUUACUGUAGGUAGAUUUACAUAUACCUCGGAUCAGAGGUUCCAGAGCGUGCACAACCCACAGACGGACGACUGGUCGCUACAGAUCAGAUAUCCCCAGAAAAGGGACACCGGGGUGUACGAAUGUCAAAUAUCCACUACACCCCCCGUAGGUCACUCGAUGCACCUCUCCGUGGUAGAGCCGGUCACCGUCGUAGUGGGUGGCCCAGACAUUUACAUCAACACCGGAUCGACGGUGAACCUGACGUGUGUGGUGCGAAACUCGCCGGAACCGCCAUCCACCAUCAUCUGGACGCACAACAAUCAGGAAAUUAAUUAUGACUCACCUCGUGGCGGUGUGUCGGUGAUAACGGAGAAGGGCGAAACGACCACCUCGUACCUGCUAAUCCAGCGUGCCAAGGGAACCGACUCGGGCAAGUACGUCUGCUCGCCGUCGAACGCCAACUCGUACUUCAUCAACGUGCACAUAUUGAACGGCGAACAUCCGGAAGCAAUGCAGCACGGCGGCCAGCUCAGGAUAGGUGACCCAUUGCACGUGUUUGUCUUCGUAAUCAUCACCCUGGUGGCAAGUGUGCGAUGAAGUCCAGCCAUUCAGCCGCACGGAACGACGCGUGUGAGUGUCUCGUUGACGACCGGAGGGUGUGAGUGUGUGUAGUGUAGCAUGUGUGUGGAGAAAGGGGGGGAGGGGAGAGUGGAAUUCCAUUGGUGACCUCCAGCUGGGUUGUAGGGUGAAACUGCUGCGACAAUGGCACAAAUGGUUCCUGGUGUUUCUUAGAAUUUACUUCGGUUCGUGUGGGGCGUUCGUGUGUGUUUUGAUUUGCGGGAAGUGGCAGGUAGAGGGGAAUCAUCAUAAAAUGCUCUAUUUUUUGUUUUCAAUGACGGUGUUCAGCAGUACUCGUUGUCAGUUUUAGAUAAUCCGUAGUAAUUCUAGGCUCUUUAUGUCAGCUUAAGUUAACUUCGUGAGGACGUCUCUGAUGUUUCAUGGAAACUUUAGAUACUCGAUGGUAAUGCGAGGAACUUGACGACAGCCUGUGAUACCUCUCAAGCUCUCCCAAGCAGAGAUGCCAGAUAUACAGAUUUUUGACCUUCCAUACAGACAAGAUACAGAGUACAGAAAAAUACAGAUUUUUAAAAUGUGAUACAGAUUUCUCCAGAAAACAUAAAAUUUGAAGUUAUUUUCAAUAAAUUAAAUGAAAACUUCAUAAAUUGCAGCUUAAACUUCAAAAUACAUUAUGAGAAUUUGUACUAUUUCACACAUGUUUUAGAAAAAAUCAUACUAGUUAAAAUUAAAAACCAUCAAAAAGUAGUGCAUUUUUGUUAGUUUCUAUUGAAAUCUAUGACUCUUGGUGUCUGCUAUACCCUCAAAUAUGGCGAUACAGAAAAAUCUGUAUUGUUACAGAUUUUUUGUUAAAAUAAUCUGGCAUCUCUGCUCCCAAGUAACACACUUGUCACAGAAAAGUCACGACGGCGUAGGUUUUUGUUGCGCAGGAAUCCCUGUGAAAAAUUUUUAAAAACCAAAUACUUGCUAGAAGUAAGCCCCCCAGUGACUUCUGCACAACCAAAACCCGCGCUGCCGUGGCUUUUCAGUGACAAGGGCUCGUCAGUCUAAAAUACGUAAUAUUCAAUGUAAUAUUCUGUGUCAGUCCAUAAUAUUCCAGGGUAGUCUGCAGCACUUCAUGGGGAUUUAAGGCACUUCUUGUUAACUCGAAAAGUACAGAUUCUAUUGUAUUUCAGUAAAGAUAAUGAAGCCUUUAUGAUAGAAACACCAUAAUUAUUGCAUUCUAUCAUACCUGCAUACCUUUCUAUACCUAACAUUUGUAUGACAUUUUGUGACGACAAUAUUUUUCUUUUUAAUCCUUAUAAACCUACUCCUAUGGAUCUCUUACCUUGUACUCCCUCAAAAACACUUCAUCCAAUCAAGUGAACUCCAACCAUGUGUGGCUCAGUCUAGUAGAGUGAAUGGUAUUCUACAAUGAUGUCGUUGCCGGGCUUGAGUGUGCGACAUACCGAUGGUAUGAAUAUGAUGUGCCCAUUAUAUGGCGGCACUAAGUUUGCUUUGGAUAAUUAGAUUGUCAUAAAUUCCUCGAAUGGGAUGUCGAUGAAUCUGCCAUUUGUAAGUGAAUAAUGGAUUGAGUUGCAUAACCCACCGUAGAAUAGGGACCACUGAUUUUCCUAGAUUUUUGGCACAGUUUGUAUAAUUCAACUUUUUCAUGAAUAAAUUAUUACAUUUGGCUCAAGACAUCAAAGAUGUAAUGUAAAAGUUGAUUGUCAGUGUUCAUCUUUUGAAUCAAUGUGUGGAUCCAGUCAUAAAGUACUGCAUACUUUUCAGGGGAAGGGGAUUUUCGGAAGUGUAACAAGCAAUGUUUUAAGUAUAAGACCCGAUCAGAAACGAAGAACAAAAUUAAAACUGUUGGAGCGAUCAUGAUCUGGAAGCGAUCGACAGCAAGGCAUACAGGGGAUGGCCAAAAUGUUUGGGAUAGGCAACUUUUUUUUCUCUCACAAAAAAGUUCAACAUGCUAUAACUUUUCAUAGAGCGCAUCAAAAAAUCUCAAAUUUUGACUGUUUGUCAACCUAUUAUGUGUGCAUCAUUGGUACAAAUUUGGGCUCGAUUGAUAACUAUUUCGCAAAGUUAGAACCGUUCGGGUAAAACGCUAUUUUUCAAACAACUCAUUUUUUAGGUGUCAUAUCUCGGAAACCAGUGAACCGAAUUGAAUGAAAUUUUGAACGUACACUAACAAUAUGUAAAUGCUUCACAAACUAUUAAAACAUAGGAGCUUUUUAAGGUGAAUAUA